GAGCGACUCCUUCUCCAUCGUCACUUCGUCCUACAACACACAACAUAUUUACGCUCGCCAGCCAAAUUGUCUGACUGUUCUCAGCAUCCUUGUGCAACUCAAGACCCCAACCGAGCCAAGCUCUUCCUCAGGCGACGGCCCGGGCGCCGAACGCCGCCGGCCCACCCCACUCAUUCACACCACCCGUUUGCGACCUUCUUCACCUUCACCUCCUCCUCGCCUAGCUCGCUCUUACCAUGGGGUCGAUGGUGUACCCCGCCCAGGCGGAUCCGUUGGCGUCCCGCACUGAGGGCUUCAUCAGCAUGUCGAGUGUGCAGCCCUCGCCAACUCGUCCACCCUUCAAUGGCGGCAAUGGCUCGAACCUCAAUAGAGGCAACUCCACUCAGAUGUACCUCUUCACAUUCCUCGCCACUGUGUGUCUCCUCAGCAUCGUCGCCAUCGGCCUUCUCUGGCGUGCGAUCUACGUGCGCCGCCGCUUCCACCGUCAAGUUGUUGAGGCCAUAGCACGAGGCGAGCCUCCGCCCAACCUGCGUAGUCCGUUCCUCUCCCGGUUCCCACCCGUGCCGAAGAAGACCCCCGAGCUCGGGCCCAUGCCCAGAAUGUGGGAGAACGAGAUGCGUCGCAUGGGCUGGGACAUCGAGAAGGGCGAGAUGGAGAAGCAUUGGAUCGAAGAUACGUGGCACGACGUAACUCCCAUGACACUUGUGUCCGUGCCCGAGCCUGAGCCGGAGCAGCCGCCGCCGACGCCACCGCCAAUCGAGGUACCUCAAAUCCCCACUGUGACGGAGGAACUGCGCGAUACGCUGCGGGAUAUGUGGCCACGCCGCGCACGCGACCCGCCCCGUGUGCCUGCGCCCGUGAAUGAAGCGCCCAUUACGAUGGAAAAGCCUGUCGUUGGUGACAUACCAGAACCUGGGACGGCGCUGCGUGUUGGUGUGCUUAUCGCGAUGCCGUGCCAGUCGGAGGCGCAGUGGACGCCGGUGGAUCCUGAUGAGGCCGAGGUGCCCGAGGUUAUGCUCGGCGUCAUGGAAUGCGUAGUGAGUGAGAAGAAGGCGGGGACAGUGUAGUUUCGUUGUAUAGCAUGCAUUGAGAGAUACGAGCC